AUGUCGCGAUCAGCAAGUGAGCAGCUUCCAGCCCUUCCCUCCGAUCUGACGCCUGAGUGGUUCGGAUCCAAGCUUGGCCACAAGGUCAAAUCGGUCGAGAACACGCGAAAUAUCUGGGGCACGGCGAGUAAGCUGUUCUACACCAUCACGUACGAGGAUGAGAGCAGCGACGAGAGGCCCACACACGUCUGCGUCAAGGGCGUCUUCGACCCCAAGAUGAUAGAGGCCCAGCCUUGGACCGUCAGUCUGGCACAGCGCGAGGCCGCGUUUUUCACAAAGAUUGCUCCCACCUUGGAUCACAUGGUUUUCCCCAAGGGCUGGUGGAGCGGCACGACCGAGACGCAGGGCAUCGCCAUCAUGAACGACCUCAACAGCGAGGGUUGCACCUUUCCCGCCGAGGUCGCUUCCUACCCGGUCGAGAAGGUCAUGAACGGCGUGGAGCAGCUUGCGGGUCUGCAUGCGAAGUACUGGGGCCAGAGCCAGGAGGAUCAUCCUUGGAUCUGGAAUAACUACGACCCAGCCAUGAAGUUCAUGUGCACCCCUUGGGAUGAGGUGGUGCGGACCCCCGGGCGACCCCAGCUGCCUGAAUACCUCAUGGACGGUACGCGAUGCAACGAGGCCCUGGACCGCUACUACUCCGAGCGCAACCCUAGGUUCCGCACUUUGCUGCACGGCGACACCCACAUUGGCAACAUUUACUUUACAGCUGACGGUCGCAUUGGCUUCCUGGAUUGGUCUGCCUUCCACUUUGGGUCGUGCUUCCACGACGUCGUCUACCACAUGACGGCCAUGUUGAGUGUCGAGGACCGCCGUGCCCACGAGAUGGAGAUUCUGGACCACUACCUUGAGACGCUUCACCGGCUUGGCGGACCCAAGUUCGACCGUCACAACGACCCGGAGGUCAUGAUUGAGUACCGUCGGUCCUUCAUGACCAACGUCAUCUGGCUCAUCUGCCCUGACGGCCUGCAGAGUAAGGAGCGCGUUGCUGCCUUGUGUGAGCGUACUGUUGCUACUUAUGAUGACCACAAGGUCAUUGAUGUUAUUCUUAACCAUUCCAAGCCGACUAUUUGA